CCGAGCGAGACACGACCGGGAGCAGGACCAGGACCAGGACCAGGACCGGACCGGGCCGGACCGGGACAGAGGGAACAGCCUCACCAUGACAGAAACCACCAAAACGCACGUUAUCCUGCUGUCCUGCGGCAGCUUCAACCCCAUCACCAAGGGACACAUCCAUAUGUUUGAAAAAGCCAGAGAAUACCUGCACAAAACGGGGCGUUUCAUUGUGAUCGGAGGAAUCAUCUCACCUGUGCACGACUCCUAUGGCAAAGCGGGCCUGGUGUCCAGCAGACAUCGCCUCACCAUGUGCCAGCUGGCCGUCCAGUCCUCUGAUUGGAUCAGAGUGGACCCCUGGGAGUGCUACCAGGACACGUGGCAGACGACCUGCAGCGUGCUGGAGCAUCACCGCGACCUGAUGAAGAGAGUCACCGGCUGCAUUCUGUCCAACGUAAACACGCCGUCCACCACUCCUGUGAUUGGCCAGCCGCAGAACCAAACCCCGCCCAUCUACCAGAACCACAACAACAUGAGCCACAAGCCCAUGGCCAUCAAACUGUGGGGGAAGAUGAGCGAGAGUUUGGGGAAGAUCUGCUGCGUCCGCCCUCACAUCGAGCGCUUCACAUUCGUGGAUGAAAAUGCCAACCUGGGAACUGCGAUGAGAUAUGAGGAAAUAGAGUUGCGCAUCUUGCUCCUGUGUGGCAGUGACCUCCUGGAGUCCUUCUGCAUCCCUGGCCUGUGGAAGGACAGUGAUAUGGAGGUGAUCGUGGGGGAUUUUGGGAUCGUGGUGGUUCCCCGUGACGGAGCCGACACAGAGAGGAUCAUGAAUCACUCCUCCGUCCUCCGCAAGUACAAGGACAACAUCAUCGUCGUGAAAGACGACAUGAACCACCCCAUGUCCAUCGUCAGCUCCACCAAGAGCAGGCUGGCGCUGCAGCACGGCGACGGCCACGUGGUGGACUACCUGAGCCAGCCGGUCAUCGACUACAUCCUCCAGAGCCAGCUGUACAUCAACGCUUCAGGAUAGAGACCACCACCUGUCGGCAUGAAGGAGGGGGGCAGGGAGACACCGCCAACACCACAUAUACCCCCCCCCACUCUCUCUCACACACACACACACACACACACACAUACAUACACACACACACACUCCCCGUCUGUCUGCUGUGUGUGAAACCUAAACUCCUCUUUGAUCUAUCGCUUCCCAAUCCCAAGGGGCGUUAGGCAUCCAUGUCCCUCCUUCUUCCUGU